GGCAAUGUUGACGGGGAGCGAGGCAGUGUGAUUAUAUAAAGAGGAGCUGUUGGAUAGAGAUGCAUUGAGAGUGUGAGCGAGCUAUGGCUGACAGUAUGUUUCUAUUCUGGGGCUCCGGCUCCCCGCCCUGCUGGAGGAUCAUGAUCGCCUUGGAAGAGAAGAAAUUGCAGGGAUACCAGCACAAGAUGUUAUCUUUCGAGAAGAUGGAACAUAAAUCGGCUGAAGUUAUGGCAAUAAAUCCUAGGGGCCAGUUACCCAGUUUCCGCCAUGGAGACACUAUUUUGAACGAAUCUUUUGGAGCCUGUCUGUAUUUGGAGAACCUGUUUAAAUCCCAAGGUAACCAGCUGAUCCCCGACUCCGGAGAUGACCAGGCUCUUGUCUACCAGAGAAUGCACGAGGUCCUUGCUCUGCAGGAAAAACUGGGUGCUGUGAUCUACUAUACCUGGAGGGUUCCAGAGAACGAGCGUCACGACUCCGCUGUUGAGAGGAACAAAAAGGCACUGAAUGUAGAAUUGAUGCUGUGGGAAGGAUACCUUGAAAAGAUGGGUCCUGAUUCCUAUAUUGCUGGGAAGAACUUCACAAUGGCAGAUGUAAUGCUGUUCCCACAGGUGGCCUAUGCUGUUCGCUUUGGAUUAUCAACAGAUAAAUAUCCCAAGCUGGUGGAGUACUACACUAGAGUGAAAGAGCGACCAAGCAUCCAGGCUUCAUGGCCUCCCCAUUGGAAGGAGAGCCCUCCAACCAUGGACACUUUGAAAGAUGUUUGAGUUUCAUGUUGGUAACAGACCCCAUAUCCAUUACUUGUUUUGGCCUUGACACUUAACAAUGUCCAGAAGAUUAACUUCUGUCAUGGUGCAGUCUGUCAUUGUUGCAUUAAACCUUAUUAAAAUAUUAUUGUAACAAGUG